AUGCAAAAUGGCGCAGAGAAACGGCUGGGGCGACCAGAAUCGAGAUCAGAGUCGAGAAAGACCCCUGAAACAGAGCACCAGCGCGUACUGCAAGACGAUGCCUCACGUAAAUCUUCGAUUGCCUCAGUCGUGAAGGAUCGAGCAUCAGAGCGCGCGCGGGCCCACAUUUUGUCCAUUCUCAGGGAGGCGAUUCACAAAAUGGAGCUAGAAAACAGAAGCCAUUUACUGAAGAGUACAGGAGACGAUUAUGAAUCAGAAAGGGAGACAAUUGAAUUGGUCAAUGCACCUGCUCGAAGGGCGCCUAUACGCUCCCGCACUGCACAGUCAUCUCAUAAAAGGCCGAAAUCGAAACCGAUGCAACAACGAGGUCGACGUCCAUCGAAAAGCACUGUUCAAACCCCUAUUUCUGCCAGUGCAACGCUAACCACCAGUGCAUUGAAAACGCCAAAACGUCGGGCUAAAAGUGCGGAGUGCAGGAGUACAUCUUCACAACACAACAGAAAGCUGGAAGUUAGCAUUGCAUCUUUGCAAGCAGAAAACACAGUCCUAGAGAGUCAGCUCAAAAAGCUUGAGGAACAGUUGCUGAUAGAGAGACAAGAGCGCGUGGAUCUAGAAAGCAGGCUAACAGCCAUAGAGAAGUCAGCAGGAAUCAAUUUGACAUUAACACUCGACAAGACGACGGAGUCCCGUGCCGAAGUUCCUAAGAAUUCCCCUAGUGAAGACAAAAUAACAAUCCGAGAGACAUUAACGGAGAGUCAGUAUACAUAA